AUGGAGGAGGCGAAGCGCAGCGUGGACGAGGAGAUGCGGACCCGCCUAUUCGAGAUCUCCAGGUUGAUCCCAAACGGGACUCAUCGGGCGGCGCAGCGACAUUAUGCGUUCGCCGAAAGCUUCAUCUCGGCGCACGAAGGCGGACGCGGAGCUGUGGGAGGAGGGGUGAUGGUCGGUCGGGAAAGGGAAGCAGAGUCGUUGACCGAGCGACUUUGCGAGUACUUACACCUCCGCGUACUGAAGUUGAAGAAGCUCUCGGAAGAUGGAGCGCCUGUCCUGAGAGAGGGGUCGAACGAGGAGGUGUACAUGAGCAAGAGAUCUCUCCACCUGCUCCAGCAGUAUGCGGCAAAGCUGCUCGAGAUGAUGGCGUACCCCCCUCUUUCCCCCGUCCAGGCGUACGAAGGGCGAAAGCUACUGAGAUCGUACGAAGGGGUCCUCUGCGCUGCGAUGGGCCUAAGGGAUGAAGGUCGCGAGAAGAUGGCGGUGUACCCGGAGGAGAUGAAGGUGUUGGUGGAGGAGGCGAUGGGUGGUACCACUACGGCGUGGGCCUGGGUCGUAGAGGCAUGUGCGCUGUAUCUGACGUUCUUCUACACCGGUGCCAGACCCGGGUUAUUGCUCACGUCGAAAGCAUACGACGAGUAUUUGCAAUGGGAGGGUGUCAAGUUCAUCCCCCAAAGGGACGAAGAUGGCGACUUUGCUGGCUUCGACGUUGUGGUGACGCUGCGUAACUGGAAGGGGAGGCAUGGGAAUGAUGCCCAGCCGCUCAUCAUAAGGUACCCGAUUAGGACGGUGAUGCGCUCGGAAGAUCUGCUCUUGGAUCUCGGCGUAUUCCUCUUUUCACAUGGUUCCGGUGCGGUAUCUUCGGCUCGCGGUCGCUCGACGACCUCUUCGAUGCCGAAGAGAGUUCGGAUGUGA